UUUUUCCUCCUCCUUCCUUAACUCUCACUUCUCACAAAACGAAAGUUCACAACUCGCUAGAAACAAAGAUGGACAGGACGCAUCUGCUGAGUGACCAGGAUGAAGCCCACCCUGGUCCAUCGUGUCCUGCUGGAUCUUAUGCAGAUCCAAACACAGUCCCAAAUGACGGGGCGACGGCUCCUCCUGCGGAUGCGAUGCCUGUCGUUCCUGGCUAUGAGAGUUUGGGACCUAAUGUUAUUCCCCCGUCAGAUUUUGGAGCGGCUCAACCACAAGCCCCGUCCAGAGCUCCGGAGAGACGCUUCGACAUUCCUGCCAUCACUGAAGAACUCGCUCAUGAGGCCUUCAUAAAAUAUGCCAGGCAGCAAUGGCGCAAAGUUACACAGGCUCUAAACCAGCAAAGAGAUGGUUACCGUCUGGAGACUUUUACUGAGUCCAGAACAACAGAAUGGGACAGUGAACCAUACAAUGGUGGUGGAUGGCUUCGGAGUGGCUCCUGCUCCGUGGAGCAUCCCCCACACACAUCCACUGUCAAAGGCUGUCAUUCAUGCCUGAAUCUGGGUAGAUCUGCUUGCAGUAGAUGUGUGAAUUCAGGCAGGACUCGCUGUGGAUCCUGCAGUGGCAUGGGUCGAACUUCCGCUGAUCAGCGCUGUAAUAUGUGUCAGGGCUCUGGCAUGAUUAGGUGUCAUUCCUGUGGAGGAGCCGGUUCAAUCACCUGCAAAACAUGCAAAGGGCAAGGAAAGCUCCUCUGCUUCAUCAGACUUAAAAUCACAUGGAAGAACAACAUUUAUGUGGCUGUUAUUGACAAGGGUUCGGGAUUCCCGGUUGAGCUUCUUGAUCAAAUUACCGGAGAGAAACUUCUUACUGAUAUGGCUCCAGUGGUUUAUCCAGUUGUCACUUUCCCAGACAGCUCUGUAAACGCAACGUCUGAAAGUGCCGUGAAGGAACACCUGGCUCAGUUCGCCACCACGUGCCGUAUUCUGCAACAGAGGCAGACCAUUGAGCUGAUUCCCAUCACGCGAGUGCAUUACGCCUGGAAUGAGAAAACCCACAUUUAUUUUGUAUAUGGAACCGAACACAAAGUCUACACCAAGGAUUACCCUGCCAAAUGCUGCUGUUGCUCCAUUCUUUAGACUGCUGUGUAAUGCCUGUGCUGCCACUGCUGUCCGUUAGACCUGUUAAAGAGUUAUAUCAUCUUCAUAUUAUUGGUUAAACAUCUUUGGCAUUAUUACAAAGAAACUAUAAGAAAAUUGAAAAAAGAUGGAACGUAGAAUAUCUAGAUGUACUAGUUAGAGCAUAUAGAGCAUCUGCAUUAUACUUUAUCUGUAUUUCCCAAAAUCAAACGAAAAAAAAAAAAUUACUGUAAACUUUCAGAAUGUUUUAUUUUGAGUUUGUAAUAUUUAAAAGUACAGAAGCUUGUUUCCACCACGGGAUAAAAAAAUAUUCACUUUUUUGAAUUUGGAAAACUUUUUCUCGCAAAUUUAUAUUUUUAUUGUUUAUAUCUCACAGUUCUGUCCUUUUUCUCGCAAUUCU